GCAUAACACACGCGUAUACACACGUGGUGCUCCUUCAGCCCCUCGCUCCUCUCUCCUGGCUCUCUCUCUGCCUCUCUACCUCUCUUCUUGUCGCCUGUCUUCUUCUCUGGGUUCAGUCUCGUCCACUCUUGCCACUCUCGCAAUGAGAUCACAGGAGUAAACGGCGAGGUGGAGUAAAAAGCUCUCCCCAUCUGUCUUUUUUGUUUUUUCUUCAUCUUUUGCGGAUCCAGGCACAGACCAGUGAGAAUGUUCAUUUCAGUGGCAGUGGUGCUGGGGGCCACCCUGGGGACAGUGUCCGGAGCGCUCACACUCUGUGGCCUCUCAUUGCUCUGCAGGAACUGCAAGAAGGGCAGACUGGAGAGAGGAGACAGUGUAGACCCGGAGAAAGCCAAAGCCAGCAUCCUGCACACACUCACCCAGUUCAGUGUGCAGAAAUCUACUGAGCCUAUCCAGCCUCAGACGCUGCUGAAGUUCCCCAAAAUUUACAGGCCUAAGCCGUCCGUCACAUCACCUGAGGUCAUCAACUACAGUGAGAAUACAAACACCACUGAGAAACCUUUGGCUGAGCCUGACUGCUGUAGUCAAGAAACAGAAGGAGAUGAGGUCUUUGCUCUCCCACGACAAGAUUCUGCUGAUGAUACACCCUGUACAGUCGAGCAGUUGAGCAGCAUGACAACCAGCAGCUCUGUCCUGCACCCAAAACUGCACUUCUCUCUCCGCCUGCACAGCCAGAACAGAGAGCUGCACAUCACUAUUAUAGAAGCGGAGAACAUUACCGUAGAGGCUGGCUGCGAGGGGUACGUGUCGGGCUGUGUGAGUGUAUCCGGAGAGCAGAAGUAUUCUCAGACAGCAGUGCGCAAGCUAGCAACACGGGUGCAGUGGGGUGAGGUCUUGGUGUUUGUCCUGCCCAACAACUGUAGUAAGGAGGGUACAGAUGGUAUGGAGGGAGAGGUGGGACUGACCUUACACAGCUGUGACCGCUUCUCUCGGAAUACUACUCUAGGCACUAUGAGGUUCAAACUGGCUGACGUGGGCAUGAUGUCAGAUGCUGAUUGCUGGGUUGACUUGCAACCACCCAAACAGCUGGAAGUGACAUCAUCAGCUGGGGAGCUGUUGCUGUCACUGAGCUACUUACCGGCAGCUAAUAGGCUGGGGGUGGUGGUGAUGAAGGCACGAGGACUGCAGUCUGAUAAACUCAAAGACAAUAUAGAUCUGUCCGUGAAGCUGACAUUGAAACACCAGAGCACCAAGCUGAAAAAGAAGCAGACAAGACGCGUCAAGCACAAGAUUAACCCAGUGUGGAAUGAGAUGAUGAUGCUUGAGCUCCCCAGGGAGCUGCUUACCAAGUCUAGCCUAGACCUAGAAGUGCUGAACCAAACCAGCCCUGGCACAUUGCUCCCUCUCGGCUGCUGCCUGCUGGGUCUCCAUGCUUCCGGGACCGGCCUACAACACUGGCAACAGAUGCUGGAUAACCCACGCAAGCAGGUCGCAAUGUGGCAUCCUUUGUACGCCUGAGGAAUAUACACGCUUAAAACAAAAACAGAACUAAUGUAUUCCAAUUGUAUGUGAUGAAUAGUUAAAUGUUUGGACAGAUUUUACAACACUGCUCUAUUCUAUAUUAAUCUGUGUCAUUAGUCAGAUUGUAGCAGAGUUCAUCAGUUAGCAAAAUAUUUUGUAACUGUUCUUGCUCUAGCUAGCAGUUUGUAGGCAAAAAGGAACCUGAAGAGAAGUCUGUGAACGUGUUAUUUGGUUUUGCUACAGAUUAUUCCAUAGUGAUUAGAGCACUUUUGUAUGAAAUAGAACCAUAUUUAGCUUUGGUGUUGUGAAUAUGUCAAAGGAACUCCGCGUCACUCUAACCUGGAUGAGUCAUUCUAAUCACAUCUCACCCACAGCCAAAAUGGAGAGAAAGGUGAUUGAGCAUGGCCUUGGAUCUGCUUGGGUUGAAUGAAGCAUUUGGAUGUUUAAAAGAAUAUUCCAGCUUCAGCAUCUGCCCAUUUGGCCUCUGACAUGUUUCAUGUCAGCAGGUUUUCUGUUCUUUUUGACAUACAGGGAAAUGUGUCAGAUUGUUUGUGAUAAUUUUCUAUUACAUCAGCCUGACAGGAUCCAACUGUUCAUGUUGGGGUUGGAUGUCAUUUCAGGGGCCAUGACAUUGUCUGGUCAUUUCUGGUCUGGUUUGUAUUGGGUUCAAUUUCAUGUUAGGGCUCUCACAGCAUAUUUUUCUCCAUACUUUAUUCUUCAGUACUUUCACUAUGUUAAAUCAUGGAGUCACCCACUCAACAACAAGGUCCAGGAGGCCCACAAUCAUGAGAAAGCAGGAUAUACAGUGAAUUGAUUCAGGAAAGUACAAUUUAGUGCAGCCUAAAGGAUAUUUAAUUUAUUUGGCAAAAAUAUUUUCAUGUUAAAUGUUCAGUGUGUUCUAUGUGUAGAGUUUUAGGAUUAAACAGGUUAAAGCUAAACUCUCACUCCAGCAUUACUGCACAGAGUGAGAACCGUGCAUUAUGGAGCAUUUAUCCACCCUAAAAAUAUUUGAGGUGCUUUUUAAAAUUAAUUGAAACAGAAUUUAAAUAUAUACUGGACAGGUGAUUACUUGAUUGUAGCAUAUUAUCAUAUUUUAUUCAUCCAUGUUCUUAUGACUGCUAUUGCCGUCACUACAUGGAAACUGCCCCUUUGUAUACUAAUGGGCCAGUUCAGGUCAGCUACGGACAGAAUUUAUUAUACUAGGGUCAGUUUCAGAUUCAAAGCGUGAUAAUGUGAUAGCUGGGGUUUGGACCAAAAUAUCAGUACCAAUUAAAGCUCUAUCGACUGUAUGGUACAAAUGCAGCAGAUUUAAUAUCUGAAAUGUAUGGCUGUGAUUAGAUGUGUCAGGUGAUCCAUCUAGCGUCUGAUAUAGAUUUGGAAAGAUAUAGACCUGUAAAACAUUAAACACCCCAGAAGAUAUUCAUUACAGAUGUAAGAUUUUUUUUAAAAAUGUGUCUGCUGUAUGUGUGUUGUGGCCCACAGCAAAUGAGACUUUUGUUUAUCUAGGUAAAAUACCCAAAUUAGAGUUAAAUAAUCUGCACACUAUAUUCAGUGUUAGCUCUUAUUUGUACAUAAGAUAUGUUAAACAUCUUCUCAAAUGUUAUUCUGAAUGUGACUAGAGUCUUAUAUCUAAUGUAUUUCAGACACAAACAUGAUGAUGAAUCAAUAAAAGAAAGCCAGCCUUUGUUUCUGGAAA